GAGCGAGCGAGAAGUUGAAGAAGUUUCGAGUGGGGGAUGGGGACGAUUGGGUGGCGUUUACGUACAGGGAUCUUGGAUCGAAUGAUGUGGUCAUGAUUGGUAGUGGGCAGAAUGGAGUGGAGGGUGUAUUGGGGUGCAUGAAGGAUGACAAUGUGGUGUACGCGUUGGUGAGGAAGGUGCAUCGGAUAGACCAAUCUGAGGUGGUGAAAUUGUGUUAUAUUUUUUGGAUUGGAGAAAAUAUAGACAGAAUGCUUAGAGCGCGUCUUGGGACCCACAAAGGGUUUAUUAACAGUUUUCUUUCGCCGUAUCACGUUGAUUUGUCGGUGUCUCGCCGAGAGGAGUUGUCUGAUUCGGUUUUGGAGGACUUGAUUGCGUCUGUUUCGGGAAACAAAAGUCACGUGUUGUCGGGGGACCGAUCGGUUCAAGGUGGCGCUCAGCCCGUACAGGAGAGCGUUCAGUCGGCUCAGGGGAGCGUGCGGUCGGCGAGCCGUGAAGUGGGUGAGAAUGCGAGGAGUCGCGCGAACCGAGAGACCGUUCAGCUUCAAUUUGUUGACAAGAAUGCGGUUAUGGACGCGAUUUCUUCGGUUCGUUGCGAUACGAAUGACACAAAUUGGGUGCUUGUGUCGUACGAGGGUUCCAGGCGUUCGAGGACGCUGAGGCUGGUUGGGUUUGGGUCAGGUGGGUUCGGAGAGUUCAAGGAGAAGUUGAGAGACGACGCGGUUGGAUAUGGUCUUCUUCGUUUGAACGAGGUGAUUGACGAAUCUGUCACGGUGAAAUUUGUGUUUGUGAAUUGGAUUGGGGAAGAGGUUGACCGAAUGCAGCGCGCGUAUUUGUCUACGCACAAAGGGUUUGUGACGGAGUUGUUUUCGCCGUUUCACGUGGACCACGAGUGCACCAACAAGAGCGAGAUUACAGAGGAAAUUUUGACAGGCAAGAUAAAAAAGGCGGCAGGAACAGCGAACUACAUUUUGAGUUAAGAGAGAGAGAGAGAGAGGGUUGUUGUUGGUUGGACGAUGUUGGAGGUUAAGAGGCGCGUUAGCGAGUUGGUUGGCGUGGCGAAUGCUCGGAGGGGGAUGGAGUACUACAGAGAGCGGCGAGUGGAGUUGGUGUCACGUGAAAGCGUGAAGGAGGGGAAAGAGAGUGUAUUGGUUGUGAGGGGGGGUUGUCAGGGGAGUGGAGAGGAGGUGUACAGGGUGUGGGUGGUUUUGGACAAGGCAUGUAGAGCAGGGUGUUCAUGUCCGGUAGGAAAGGCUGGUACGAUUUUUUUUUUUUUUG